AUGCCCUCUACAUGGACGCCUUGGCGUCGGUAUUACGCAUGCUUCGCGAUCUUCGCCACUACCCUCCCCUUCAACUUCUGCCUCAUCUUGCUCCUCUGCAUCGGCGGUGGACUCGAGUCUCCUCGUUGGUUGGUCAGCCGUCGUCGGCUGCUCGACGCUCAUCGAGUGCUCAGCCUCGGCUACCGUUUCAACCAUUUCGGCCGACCGCCUGGCCCUGAGGCCUUCGACGAACUUUGGAAGCUUGGCGAGGUGACAAAGUCUGCAGAUGAGGCAGCUGGCAGAAGGCAUGUUGUCAGCACAAGAGAGAUGCGUAAUUGCAGUAAAUCGAGGCAAAAAGCCUCACAGAAUCGGUUCCGACGCAAUGGGUCUAACAGAGGAAUGAGUACGUCAGGUUGUUACUAUAGUCCCUACUUUUGUGUCAAUACUUUUAUUUAG